AUGGAAGAAAGGAACCAAGAAGAUCUUGAAUGGUUGAUGGCAAGAAACCCUCCUCCGCAAUCUUCACCCAAUGCUUUCGGAAUUCUCCCUAUACCGGAAAACCCAAGAACCUUCUCUCUUCCGUCGCCCGGAAACCAUGUCAAUAGGCUUUCUUCAUUGCCUGCAAGCCGAUCCCUUCAUAUUCCUAAUCCAUACCAUACUAAUGUUGCACUGCACAAUAGUGCCAACACUAACAUCCAUGUGAACCCUAACUAUGCUGAUUCUUUCUAUGAUUAUCUUCUCGAAGCUGAAUUUAAUCAAUUGAAUUUAUCAACCCCUCGUCAAACUACUGCGGCGGCUGCUGCUGCUGCUUACGGCUGCCAUGUUGGUAGGCUUGGAUCCGUCCCUGGUAAGUUUGGCUCAAUCCCUGUAGGCAGCAACACAUAUGUCGAUGAUGGUUCUGUUGGGACGGCUCAGUUUCCUCUUUCGUAUACAACAACACGAUAUGCGAAUAAUGGGAAUUUCCAACGGAUGAGGAUUGACUCCGCUGUUAGGGGACAACUGGGCAUGUACAUCCAGCCGCAAUAUCUAACUUCGGUUGAUGAUCAGGUUCUGAAUGGUAAUCUUCGUGGUUCGAAUCAGGUUCUGAAUGGUAACGCAUUUCACGAUCAAGAAAUGGACAAUCUUCCUAGGCAAGGACUUGUUUCGGUUAAUAGGAGUGCAAGUGCAUUUCGUCCCGAAUUGGGAUUUGUGUUUCCAAAUAAUUCAGGUAGGAACAAGAUUAAUACUACUGCUACUUUACAGCGAAGAGAGAGGUCUUUGGAUGGAUUUGAUUAUGAUAAUCCUAGUCUUUCAACGUCCUUUCAUAGUAGAUGCCGGCAACGUGGUCAAAACCUUUCAUCUCUGGAAGAAUUGAGAAGCAAAAUAUUUUCAUCUUUGGAAGAUUUGAGAGGCAAAAUAUUUAUUGUAGCCAAGGAUCAGAAUGGUGCUCGGGAUUUACAGAAGAUGUUGGCGGAAGGAAAGCCAAAAGAAAAGGAGAUAAUCUUCUCUGAGUUGAAGGAUCAUGUUCGGGAGCUAAUGGUGGACCAGUUUGCUAAUUAUCUUGCGCAAAAGAUGUUCGAAAUCGGUAAUGCCGAACAAAUCACUGAAUUGCUCCUCUUGGUCAUCAAUGAUGAACACAGCCUCAUGGCUAUAUGCCUUGACAUGCACGGGACUCGCGCCAUGCAGAAAUUGCUUGGACAUGUAACCACCCCGGAGCAGAGAUCUCUUGUUAUAUCGGCCUUGAGACGCAUCACUGUUACCCUCACAAAGAGCAACAAUGGCCAUCAUGUUGUUGAACACUGUUUGAAAUAUUUUCCUAUUGAAGAUAAAAAGUAUAUACUGGACGUUGUGGCUGAUAACUGUCUUGAUAUUGCAACGGACAAAAGUGGAUGUUGUGUCUUGCAACAAUGCGUAGAACAUGCUCGUGGCGAACCCCGAGACCGUCUUAUUGCUGAGAUAACAGCAAAUGCCUUGGUUCUAUCCGAACAUCCAUACGGGAACUAUGUUGUCCAAUUCAUAAUUGGAUUACAGAUUCCAUAUAUUACGAGCGAUAUAUUAUCACAACUGGCAGGGAAUUAUGUUUCUCUAUCCAUGAAUAAGUACGGUAGUAAUGUGGUUGAGAAGUGCAUGAAAGAGUCCUCAGAAGAACAAGCAAUGCAGAUUAUUAAGGAAAUUAUCGGUAGUCAAAACUUUUUGACUGUUCUUCAAGAUCCUUUUGGAAACUAUGUUGCUCAAUCAGCAUUUGCCAUUGCAAAGGGAUCAAUUCGCCACGCUAUGAUCAACCUGAUUCAGAUGCAUUAUUCAUAUCUACACAGCCAUCCGCACGGAAAAAGGGUUCUUGCCAGGGCUAGGGGAAGCAAGCAGCGCAUGUAA